CGAAAUAAUAAAUGUUUCCUAGUAAAUUGUAUGAUUUACAAUUGACUCCCUCUUUGAACAAAUUAAAUUGUGAUUUAGAGAGUGCCAAAUUAAUGGAAUCAUUCAGGAAACUAUUAAUGGAGGAUGAUAAAGAAAUAUUGACUCCAGCAUUGGUAAAUAACAAGAUUAAAAAUGAUAGGACUUAAUGAAAGCCAUAUCACAUGCACUUUAUGGGACAAUUUUCUAUUGGAAGAACUUAAGUGAUUUAUGUAAAGAAGAUGAUCUAAAUACUAUAAGUUAAGAAUUACAGAGGAAAAUAGUGAUUUAUGAUAUAUGUGAGAAUGAAGAUCUUAGAUGUCAAGUUAUUAAUUUUGGUUAUAAAAAACGUAUUUAUCUAGCCAGAUAUUUGAAUUAUUUUUAUGUGGUUGGUAAAAAGGGAAGUGAUGAAAAGCAUAAAUUGAUUAAAGAAAUACUUUUAGAUGUAAUUAAUGAUAUUAUAGGUUUACCUAUAAGAAAACAUAAGCGAUCAUAUUCUGAUCCUUUUAAAUAUCUUUCUGAUUAGAAAGAUAAUCGUAUAAAUAAAGUAAAUGUAAAAAAUGUACCACUAUCUCCUUCAAAUAUUUCAAGAACUAGCUUAUAAAUGCAACUCUUAGAUGAGAUCAAUCAAGAUGGAGAUUUACUUAUGAAAGAAUGCAAUUCCCUUAUUAAUUCCACUACACCUUAGAAUGAACUUUUGCAAUCGUUGAAUUUAAACUUACAAGAAGGGACCAAUAUUCUAUCAAAUGUAAGUCUUUGUGAUCCAAAUAUUAGAUUAGAUAUUUUGGUACUCUUAAGUUUUACGAUGAAGCCAGAUCUUAUGGGUUUAUUAUUAUGGAUUAAGAUGGUAGUGAUUUAUUUGUUCAUUGUGAUGAUCUUACAAAGGCUGGUAUGACUAAGGAUUUUUUAAGAACUGCCAAACAUGGUAAUAUCAUUCGAUUCUCUUUUUUGAUAUUGGAAUAUUUUGGCAAGUAUAAUAAAAGUAGAAAAGCAGUUGAUUUGCAAUUUAUUUAAAGCCAAGCGUAUUUCAUGUGA